AUGGAAGAAGAGAAGGAAGCUCCUCCUUUUGAGCAACCUGUGUUGGUUGAGGAACCUCUAGAUUUGAUUCGACUGAGUCUGGACGAAAAAGUAUUUGUGAAAAUGCGUCACAAUAGAGAAUUAGUUGGUGUUCUCCACGGUUUCGACUCCCAUCUCAAUUUAAUCCUCGGCAAUGUUGACGAGACACUAACAACGCUGGAACUCGAUGAAGAAACCUAUGAAGAGAUCUACAAGACGACGAAAAGAAGCAUUCCUCUGCUUUUUGUCCGCGGCGAUGGCAUCAUCCUCAUAUCCCCACCACAGGCGGAACAAUGA